AUGCACAAGACAUAUUCAUUGAGAGAGAGUAGGAAGCCUACUGCGCAGGAGAUUCAGUCUCCUCCACCACCGGCUGCGUCGACCAAGUCGAAGUUUUUCGGGAAAGGUGGUUUGGCGUACUCGCUGAGGAAGACCACUGCUGGUAAUGUUGGGCCUGAGCUUUCACGUAAGUUGUCCAAGCUAGUGAAGAUUGAGAAGAAUGUGAUGCGGUCUAUGGAGGUUGCCUCUGUAGAGAAGAAGGAUGCUGCCAAGACUUUGUCCUUGUGGGGUCUUGAGAACGACGAUGAUGUCUCUGACAUUACCGAUAAGCUAGGUGUGAUCAUCUUUGAGAUGGCCGAGCUGGACGACCAGUUUGUAGACAGGUACGAUCAGUACAGAUUGACCAUGAAGUCCAUCAGAGAUAUUGAGGGGUCAGUGCAACCAGUUAGAGACCGCAAGGACAAGAUCACAGACAAGAUCGCUUACAUGAAGUACAAAGACCCACAUUCUCAAAAGAUUGAGAUCUUGGAACAGGAACUAGUUAGGUGUGAAGCUGAAACUCUGGUUGCUGAGGCACAGCUUUCGAACAUUACGAGAUCAAAAAUGAAGGCCGCUUUCAACUACCAAUUCGAUGCCAUGAUUGAGCACUCUGAAAAGAUCGCUUUGUUGGCCGGGUACGGUAAGGCAUUGUUGGAGUUGUUAGACGAUGGUCCAGUUACUCCAGGUGAGACUAGACCUACUUACGACGGAUACGAGGCAUCUAAGCAGAUUAUCGUUGAUGCAGAGGGUGCUUUGAAUGAAUGGACCUUGGAUAAUGCUCAGGUGAGACCAAGCUUGAGCUUCAAGGAACAAGAAUACACAGUUGAAGAGGUAGAAGAUGAAGAAGAUGAGUAUGAAAAUGAGCCACUAAAUGAAACCGUCAUUAACCCUGAGGAUAUGACACCAGUAUCUUAA